GAGCAGUGUCUUUUCCGUCAAUUCAGCUGAUGUCUUGGGAUCUUCAUCAAUGACAUCUGACAGGGAUGGUGAUACUGUUCCAACCCCUAUAGUCAUGAUUGAUCAAGAUUCUGAUUCUAAUGCUACAAUUGUAGAAAUUAGUUUUGGAGAUCGUCUUGGAGCACUAAUUGAUACGAUGAAGGCAAUUAAAGAUCUGGGACUGGAUGUUACAAAAGGGACUGUUACUACCGAGGAUUCCGUCCUAAAAACAAAAAUUUUCAUUACAAAAAUGGGCCGCAAAGUUGUGGAUCCAUCUCUCUUAGAAAGAGUCCGACUUACCAUUAUUAACAACCUAUUGAAAUAUCAUCCGGAAUCUAGCGAGAGAUUAGCUUUGGGUGAGGCUUUUGGCAUAAAAGCUCCACGAGAGAAGCUUGACAUUGAUGUCGCAACACAUAUACAUGUUCAGGAUGAUGGACCCAAACGAAGCUUAUUAUACAUAGAGACUGCUGAUCGACCUGGACUGCUACUGGAAAUCAUAAAAAUGAUGGCAGACAUCAAUGUUAAUGUAGAGUCGGCAGAGAUUGAUACUGAGGGCCUUGUAGCCAAGGAUAAAUUUUAUGUCAGUUAUAGAGGUGCUUCCCUGAGUGCUUCCUUAUCUCAGGUCCUGAUAAAUUCACUGCGCUAUUACCUUCGAAGGCCUGAAACAGAAGAAGAUAGCUAUUAAGCUGAUAAUAGCCAGCCGACCCACCACCUAAAUUCCUGUUAUGAAAUUGUGCCUUCAGUUCCAGCAAGUGCUGCUUUGAAAUUGGUAAUAUCCUCUCCUUUCUCCAGUGGUUCUUCAAUACUCUGCUCCUUCAAACAUUUCUGCCCUAUAAAUCCAACUAUUCUCCGGUCUGUAAAAAAAAUAUUUAGAAAGUUUUCUAUCAUCAAGGAUUUCUCUCGUAGCAAAUGCCCUCGAAAUAAAUUGAUAUCCUUUUUUUAAUCAAUCCUAUGCUGAAAAUAACUAGUAUUAUUAGCUCAUGUGACAUGCAUAAGUUCCCUAAGCUUAUUAUAUAACAAUGUAGUACUUGUGGCAAUGUAAAAAUGAAUAUUACUAGAUGCUAGAAA